UGCUGUUUGGAGUCACAUGCAGUCAAAUCGUGGCCGUCCAAUCGAUGGGGUUUGACAUCACUACCAUUUCAGUCAACACUGUGUCAGCUUUCCCCAGAAAGAGAACCUCCUUGAAAACCGCAGUGCACCACCCAAACUACUUUCCUUUCUCUCUCUCGGUAACCUGAUGGCUGCUUCGUUCAUGGCGAUUUUGAGAUGUUCUUUUCUCUGCAUUGUGGUCUCCUUGCUUAUUUCACUGCCCACUCUUGCAUUUGCUCAGUCUUCUUCUUCUUCUUCUACUGAUGUUGAGCUUCUCCUGGGAAAGAUCAAAGCUUCACUACAAGGUGAAGCUGAGAACAUCCUGCUCUCUUCAUGGAACGCUUCAGUGCCUCUGUGCCAGUGGAGAGGGCUCAAGUGGGUGUUCUCAAACGGGACUCCUCUCUCUUGCAGUGUGUCGUCGCCCCAUUGGGCCAAUGCCUCCCUCUACAAGGACCCAUCUCUCCACCUCCUCUCUAUUCAGUUCCCAUCGGCCAACCUCACUGGCUCACUGCCCAGAGAGCUCGGCGAGUUCUCGAUGCUGCAGAGCCUCUAUCUCGGCGUCAACUCACUGAGUGGGACCGUCCCUCUUGAGCUCGGGUAUAGCUCUUCCCUCUCUGACAUCGAUUUGAGUGGUAAUUUGGUGAAUGGGGUUUUGCCACCUUCUAUAUGGAACUUGUGUGACAGACUUGUCUCUCUUAGGCUUCAUGGGAAUUCCUUAUCUGGGUCUCUCCCUGAACCUGCUUUGCCUAACUCUACUUGUGGUAGCUUGCAAGUUCUUGAUUUGGGUGGCAACAAGUUCACUGGAGAGUUCCCUGAAUUCAUCACCAGGUUUCAGGGUCUGAAGGAACUCGAUCUUUCGAAUAACAUGUUUACAGGUGUAAUCCCCCAGAGUUUGACCAGUUUGAACCUUGAAAAGUUGAAUCUUUCGCACAAUAAUUUCACUGGGGCAUUGCCGGUGUUUGGUGGGUCGAAAUUCAGCGCGGAUGCUUUCGAAGGAAACAGUCCUGGGCUUUGUGGGUUGCCCUUAAGUAGUUGUGGUGGGGGUUCUAGAAUGAGCGCCGGCGCAAUAGCCGGAAUAGUGAUUGGUCUGAUGACCGGGGCUGUGGUCUCCGCUUCAUUGUUCAUUGGGUAUAUGCAGAACAGGAAGAGAAAAAAUAGGAGCGAAGGUGAUGAUGAAUUCGAGGAAGGUGAGGAUGAUGAAAAUGGAGUUACCGUCGGUGGUGGUGGUAGUGGCGGUGAAGGCAAGCUUAUUUUAUUUCAGGGCGGUGAGCAUUUAACAUUAGAGGAUGUGCUGAAUGCAACAGGGCAAGUCAUGGAGAAGACUAGCUACGGGACGGUGUACAAGGCGAAACUUGCCGAUGGUGGGACAAUUGCUUUGAGGUUGUUGAGGGAGGGAAGCUGCAGGGAUAGGAGCUCUUGUUUACCAGUGAUUAAGCAGCUGGGAAGAGUUCGGCAUGAGAAUUUGAUCCCUCUUAGAGCUUUUUAUCAAGGAAAGAGAGGAGAGAAGCUCCUCAUCUAUGAUUAUCUCCCUGUUAGAACUCUUCAUGAUUUGUUGCACGAAACCAGGGCAGGGAAACCGGUGUUGAACUGGGCCAGGCGACACAAGAUUGCGCUGGGCAUAGCCAAAGGACUGGCACAUCUUCACACAGGCCUUGAAGUACCAAUCACUCAUGGAAACAUCAGAUCAAAAAACGUUCUUGUUGAUGAAUUCUUCGUGGCCAGGCUCACUGAGUUCGGGCUUGACAAGCUGAUGGUCCCUGCCGUGGCUGACGAGAUGGUGGUACUCGCGAAAACUGAUGGCUACAAGGCACCGGAGCUUCAGAAGAUGAAGAAAUGCAACUCCAGGACAGACGUCUACGCCUAUGGAAUACUUCUGCUCGAAAUACUCAUCGGCAAGAGACCCGGGAAAAACGGCAGGAGCAGCGAUUACGUGGAUUUGCCUUCAAUGGUGAAAGUUGCCGUCUUGGAGGAGACAACGCUCGAAGUCUUCGACGUGGAGGUCUUGAAGGGGGUCAGGAGCCCAAUGGAAGAAGGGGUUGUCCAAGCGCUGAAGCUUGCUAUGGGGUGUUGUGCCCCAGUGGCUUCGGUGCGACCCACCAUGGACGAAGUCGUGAAGCAACUUGAGGAGAACAGGCCGAGGAACAGGUCAGCCUUGUAUAGCCCUACCGAGACGAGGAGCGAAAUCGGCACGCCUUUCUAAGACGAAUCUUUCGGAAGUAUCUCAUGAUAAGUAUUGACUUUUCUCGUUUAUCUCGAUAUGGUUUUCUUAUAUAGGAGGCAUCAGUAGUUUGUUGGUGAUUUUCUUUGCUAUAGUCGAGGCAGGCUUAUCAUAGGAUCAAAAUCUAUAAUUGUAAUGUAGCUUGAAAAAUGCUUCUAUCGCAUUACCGGUGAUUAAAAUAGGGAAUUGCACUACUGGUCCAUGUAAUUUUUGGGGGAUUUAUUUUUGGUCAUAUUGUUUGUUUGGUUGUCA